AUGGUUGAUUCUUGUGAUAUCGAGUUUGAUGGUGUUACGGCGUUCGGCACGGAUUCGGCCGCAACUUAUCGCUACAGCAUUGCGCUCAAGGACAGCAAGAUGAACUUUUCUGUGGAGGAUCGAUCGAGCAAGAAACAAUGGUUUAAGGGCGGCUUGGAAGUGACGGACUAUGUGACGGCUGACAACGUGAUCACUGGUGCGACAGCUGCCGAUUAUUUCCAGUGCUUCAAAGAAGCGCUCUCUUGCGCCCCCGGCGACGACGGCAAAGACUCUCAGCGCAAGUUAAGAAUUCUGGAAAGUGGUGAUCUGGAACUGGAGUUUGUGCUUACCCUCCGCGUCCUCCGUUCGACGUGGGAGGCCAAGUAC